AUGGAACAGGCCUCGAACGUUGGUGACACUCGAAAACUCUCCCAACAUAUCCGCCAAGUUAGCGGUAAGCCCUCUACACUGCGUGAUUCUGUUCGCGACGUGAACGGCGGCUUUAUUGUUGACAACUCGGCCAAAGUCGAAAGCUGGCGUGGGCACUUCGAGCACCAUCUCAACUUCGAUACCUAGCCCACCAUGUCCUUGUUCUCCUCUUCAGCGGAGAUUGUUCCCUCUCCCACCUAUGCAGUGCCAUGCGACCCUCCGUCUGAAGGAGAUGCUUUCGAUGUCAUACGAAAGCUACGCAACAGUAAGGCACCCGGAGAGGACGGUAUACCCGCUGAAAUCUUUAAGUCUUGUGUCGACACUCUGGCGCCCUGGCUCCAUGAGGUGAUUGAACGCGCGUGGAGAGACGAGGUUGUUCCUGAUGACUGGAGCUUAGGCAUCCUUGUACCUAUACCCAAGAAGGGAGAUAAGACAAGAUGCGAGAACUACCGCGUCGUAGGCCUCAUCGACGUUGCUGCGAAGACCUUUGAUGUUGUCCUACUCAGGCGAUUUCAGGCUGUGCGUGACUUAAGGACGAGGCCCAACCAAACCGGAUUUCGUGCUGGACGUGGAUGCGCAGACCAGAUAUUUGCCUUGAGGCGCAUUCUCGAAUUUAGUCAUGGCUACCAACAACCGACGGCUGUCUGCUUCAUUGACUUUGCCGCCGCGUUUGCUUUCGUUCAUCGUGGGUCCCUGUGGCGGAUAAUGAAGCUAGAUGGUGUACCGGCAAAAAUCAUCGCCAUGAUGAAGGCCUAUUAUCGCUCCACUACUUAA